AAAAAUGCAUUCCCUAAAGUUAUAGCUAACUAAAACUAGACUUAAAAUUAGAAUGAAGAAAAUGGAAAUAAGAAUGGAUAUCCAUGCUUUAAGGGAUUUAACACAAAAGUUGCAAAAACAGAAAAUAGAAAUUGUAAAAAAGAAAACAAAAAAAAUAACGUAGCAUGUUUCCCCUUCCUUCUCGCAUGGUUCAUCGGAGAACUUUAAUGUGUUCACGUCUUUCUGAUUGGCUUCAAAUUUUUCCUCUUUCUCUCUCUCUCCUCUUGCUCUCUUUCCUCUGUUUCGUUUCAUUACCAAUCUCCAGACAUUUCUUCAACAUUAACGUGGGUCCUUCAAUCGCUUGAAGGACCCCAUCAUUGUUAAUCCCCUCACAAAAUUUUCCUUCUUUUUUUUUAUUUUUUUGAAUAUUAGGUUUUUAGAUUUACACGAAAUGAUGAAUUGUUUCCCCUGUUUCACUUCACAAAAGAGUAGUAAUCCUCCUUCUGGGAAUGAGACUAACGAAAACAAUGAACAAGAAGUCAGACCACCACCUGUUGCUGCGGUAAAACAUAUAGAGGAAAGAGAAACAGAGCAACCACCGGUUAAAACAUUCAAUUUCCGGGAACUAGCGACGGCCACCAAGAACUUCCGGCAAGAAUGUCUUCUCGGAGAAGGUGGUUCCGGUAGGGUUUACAAAGGAACCCUUCAAUCUACUGGCCAGUUGGUAGCUGUAAAGCAGCUAGACAAGCAUGGACUACAUGGUACAAAAGAGUUUCAAGCUGAAGUCUUAUCAUUGUCCAAACUCGAACACCCGAAUCUCGUCAAGCUUAUAGGUUACUGCGCUGAUGGAGACCAACGGCUCUUAGUCUUUGAAUUCGUCUCCGGAGGCUCCCUUCCAGACCAUCUUUUCGAGCAAGAGCCAGGCCAGAAACCGAUCGACUGGCUCACGAGGAUGAAGAUUGCCUUCGGUGCAGCGCAAGGAUUGGACUACUUGCAUGAUAAAGUGAACCCACCGGUGAUAUACAGAGAUUUAAAAGCUGCUAACAUCUUGUUGGACGAUGAGUUUUACCCUAAGCUUUGUGACUACGGUUUGAAUAACCUAGCGCCAGGAGCAGGUGAUAGCAUGUUUCACUCUUCAUGUGUUAUGGACACUUAUGGCUACUCCGCGCCUGAGUACACUCGAGGGGAGGAUCUCACUGUUAAGUCGGAUGUGUACAGCUUUGGAGUUGUGUUGCUUGAACUCAUCACUGGUAGAAGAGCUGUUGACACCACUAAACCUAAUGAUGAACAGAAUCUAGUUGCUUGGGCACAACCGAUUUUUAGAGACCCGAAAAGAUACCCGGACAUGGCGGAUCCUCUCUUGAAGAAGAACUUCUCAGAGAGAGGGAUAAACCAAGCAGUGGCGAUAACGUCAAUGUGUUUACAAGAGGAACCAACUGCUCGUCCUUUGAUAAGCGAUGUAAUGGUUGCGCUUAACUUCCUUUCCAUGUCUACGGAAGAAGGUAUUCCAGAUAAGGUGCCGAUACUAUCCUUCAGGGACAAGAGCAUGUCGAUUGCUUUGAGCAGACACGGUUCUUGUUCUGUUACUCCCUUCUCUCUUCUUCAGAAAGAAGGAGACGACGACUCUUCCAGUGCUUCAUCGGAGUCAGAAGAUGAUGAUGAUGAAAAGAAAGAAGAGUCAAAGGGAAGUAAGAAGAAGCAAGAGGAGGAUUCAGGUGAUGAGUCUGGUUCAGAUGAUGAGAAGGGUCAAGAAGAGGUAGAGAAACCUGGAAGCUCUAAGAGCAGUUCCUCUGACUCUGGAAGCGAGAGAGCAAGUCCCAUUGAUGAAAGUAACGCAACUGCACAGAGUUUGGAGAUAAAGUAUAGUUAUAGCUCUGAGGAAGAAGAAGGAGAUAACGAGAGGCUAAGCAGCUCUAAAUCUGAUAAAGAUUGCACUUCUUUUCGGUAUGACAGCGAGAGGAAUCACGAUGAUUCGCCUAAGAACACAAGCAUUGCUCAUGAUGAUCAUAGUGAUGAUGAGGAAGAGGAGGAUCAUGAAACUCGGCUUGAGCACAUUCAAAGCUCAAAAUCUGAAGCCCACAGUGUUUAUUCAGAUGAUGAUGCAGGCGAGGAAAGUGGUGAGUCGUCUUUGAAUAGGGCUGAACCAGAGGAAGGUGACCACGGUUCUUCUGAUGAAGAGUGAAUCUUUGUCAAAAAGUUUUUCUCAGAAGUUUAUAACAUUCGCAACAUGAAAAAAAAAAUUGUUUCAAUUUUUCGUUUUGAAACAACACAAAAUUGUCACAUAAAUCUAAUAUACAUAUGUCACACUUUUAUGUAAAUAUAUCUUGAAUACUGUAUGUUAGGAAGAAAAAUGUUUACAAUACAUUUAUCUAACCAUUUGUUUUUCCAAAUCUUUCCAUUCUUUAUUGAUUUUGUAAGCUUAAACAAAUUUAUUAGCUUAGAAAUCAAUGUUACACCUUUCAAGGUUAAUAAGUACUUAAUGUGUAAAUUAUUCUGAUGGCUAGCUGCAGCAUAGGACAGGUUGUCUUGUGGGAUGCUUGAGGGAAGUUUAGAACUGGUGCUUAUCAUCUUUUCUCGAGGAAUACCAGAAGCGUGCGGGUUUGAGAUGGAGACAAAGAGAUCUAAGGUAAUGUUAAUACAGCAUCUUUUGUCAGUACAAUGGUUAUGGUCUCAAGAGGAGAAAGCUUCUGUAUUAAACCUCAAGCCACCAAAGGGUAAAAGCACUGAUUGUUAAAUUUUCCCUCUUUUUUAAGAUUUAAAUUGUUUACAUUUGUCGUAAUGGUGAUGAUUCUUAUGAAUUUUCGGUAUAGUUUUUAGCACCUUGAGAAAACAGAGGAAUUGAUUCUCUUUUGAAUGUACAGUUAGAGAAAUUUACAGAUGGAUUAUUAAGAUACUAACAACACUUGUCGCUUUUGUUUUGUUAAUCAUAAGAACAAACACAAUUAAGAUACCAAGGCAUUGAUUGUGGUUUACUUAAGCCAUCUACAGAAAGACAGUAUGUAACAGAGUCAAUUUUCAACUUAAUUCGGAUUCUUAAAAAAAAAAGGUAGCAAAUGUGCAUCCUGGUGCUGCACAAGCACAAUGAGAAUAAGAUUCAUUCUUUUUAAAUGAAAAGAAAAACAAGACCGCAUCUUAACUGGUUCAGAUGCUUUGAAAGCUUGCAGCUUUAAAAAAAAAAGCAAAUAAACUGAACACACAAGCAAAAUCUAUAUCUAAGCUUUUCAGACAUCGAAUCAAAGUACUAAUCUCUUUAACUCUUAUUAAAAUCCUCGCAGAUUUCACCGAAAGAUAAAGCUUUAAUUAGAGGCUUAACGAACAUUUAUGAUCAGAGAGACAUACGAUUUUCAGGCAUCAAACCAAACAUACCAAUCUCUUGUCUGAUUGAAAUCAAAGAGCCAAUUCCAAACCUCCAUAUAAGUUAGAAACAAAA